GCGUCAUAUUACGCAUUCGUUAGUGUCUGUCGUCAUAAAUAUUAUCGUUUUGAAAUAACAUGCGUACGUGAAAUAAUUGGUUGAAUGAAAUAGAAAUAAUGAAAUGAAAAUCUUUGACUGAUGAAUAAAGUUGUGUGUAGUCAUAGUGAUUUGUGAUCUCGGUGGAUAAAUCAACUAAUAUUUUGGAUGCAUUAAUGUGCGCGUUGGCUAACCCAAAAUGGCGUGAAGAAAGCUGUGAUAUCUUUUUUUUAGGUUAUGUUUAGUUGUAUUGUUAUUAAUGUCUGAACGAAAGUUGAGGCUGUAGCAAGUGGUUGUUUUCAAGUUCUUUAAAAAGUAUAGUUUUUAAGUUAUGAGGACGGAAUGCCCGCGGGUAGGCCCAGGGGCGGUAACGGUGGGUUCCGUGGUCACCCAGCGCCUAUGUCAGAGCGUCAACAGCUCGCUCUGCUUCUGCAAAUGACCUCUCAGGAUAACGAAUCAGGAGGGAUCAAUCCUAGUAACGCCAGUGCACAAAGUACUUCUAGCGAGCAGCACAGAGCUUCUAGGAGUCGGUGUCGAAACGAACGUGGAGAAACACCCUUACAUGUUGCAGCAAUUCGAGGAGACGAAGCACAAGUAAGACGACUGAUAUCAAGAGGAGCUGAUCCUAAUGCUAAGGACUUUGCCGGUUGGACCCCUCUUCACGAAGCUUGUAAUCACGGUUGGUUAGGUACAGCAAGGAUUUUGAUCGAAGCAGGGGCUUUUGUGAACGCACUUGGACUCGAUGACGACACGCCAUUACAUGAUGCUGCUGUCAACGGUCACUUAGAGCUUGUUAAAUUAUUGGUGGACAGUGGCGCUGAUUCAACAUUGAAAAAUAAGCGUGGAAAGACUCCGGUUGACGUUGCCUCUGGUGGUUUAAACCAUUCCUCAUUCAUCACUGAAAAAUCGAGGGAUAGUACGACUCUUGUCAUCAAAGAAAACACAACGUCCACGUCUUUAGUAGCUGCAGUAUCAUCGUCUUUGGGUGAUCGCUUGUCCUGCGGAAAGAGCCGCGACAGUUUGAUCGGAGGAUCCGCUAUAGACGCCGGUGGUGUAACAACGUCAGCAUCAUCAACAUUAAACGGGGAACGCGAUCAAAAUAAUCCGCUGCCGUUGCAGACAGACAGCUUAGCCACUACAACGACUGUUGUUUUAGCGGAGAGUGGAGCCCCCUGUGAGAUGCGGAGGACACCACCGCAAAACAAAGUCGACAGAUCAGGAACUGGGCAGUCUGGUGGCUCCCCACGGGUUACGCUACGGCUGAACCAGGUGCGUAACGCAAGGGAUGACAAGAAGGGUGGAACAACUCCCCGACACGUCGUGACGAGCAGUCAGUCUCAAAACAUGGAUGGGUCUAAAAAUUUGUCUGCGUUGUCGGGGGGAAAUUCAACAAGUCCUGGUAUAAAUAAUAAUGGAAAUACAUCAGGUGACAGCGGUGAUGUUUACGAGUUCAAAAGUUCUAAAGAAGCAACUCCAGUACGUGGUGCAAGCUCCUCACCAAAUCCACCGGAUAAGGAAAAAGAGUUGGGAAAAGUCACCAGUGGAUCUGGAGGUAAUGCUUCAGGUACAGCUAAUGCAUCGACAACGCCAGGUGAAACAAUAGCUCUGAGUGUAGAUGAACCUCCUGUCUCUGCAUCCCCUGCCACCAAACGGACUCUAGAAUCUGAUACCCCGGAUGACCAGGAUGAAGAGAAUCGAAGGAAAAAAAGAAAAGAUUCUGAAAGUACGAAAGAAAAUACCAAGGUGGUAGCCACUGGGAAGCAGUCAACUGGCAGAAACAGUACAACAAAUGAAAAGUGUGCGAAAACAGGUAAAUUGGGGGCGAACAACUCGACGGGAAAAAACAACCAAGCUGCAACCGUUGCGAAUGCGGAUCAUAAAAGCCCAAGCUCUUCAACUGCGACUGGUAGUAGUCCAAAGCCUAGUGGCAGCACGGUGGGCUCUACGAAUGCGAAAACAGCCACACCUGCCCCACCUGAAUCAGACGGAGAGGACGAUCGAUCCAAGAGUUCGGAUUCAAAUUCUGCACCAAAAGUUCCACCUUUAAAAAUCGUCAUACCGCAAAGUACUGUAUCUGAACAGGAACAGGGAAAUAGAAACGGAAAAAAUACUUCAAACAGAAAUCAUCAGCUUCCUUACGUUGUUGCAAGCUCAAACAGCAAUGAUUCUACCGAUAAAGAUCAGAAUCAAACGGCCAGUGGCACUACAAGCCCUACCGAAGGAGCUCCAUCGAAAAGUGAGGAAAAAAAAGAUUUUAGUGGAGCGUUACAUAGCGAAGAAAGAUCUACGCAUCAUCAAAGAGUUCUUCGAAGCUCGCACAGGUCUAGCAAUGGCGCAAAUGGCUCGACAGUAUCGAAGGAAACGUCUGGGGGAACAACGGGCAAUGGAAGUUAUUCAAAUUCGUCUCCAUUACCUGCAGCUGCUUCGUCAAACGAUCGGUCGAACAAUUCAUCACCGCAACUGCACCACAGUUCUCCUACUCCAGAAACUACGACUUCUGAACCAACGAAGACUACGACCACAGAACAAGCGUCAACUGCCCAUAACGCGUCAAAGACGUCUACAACUGUUGAAAAAACCGAAAAAAAUUCAGAUACAAAUUCCAAAACGCAGAAAGACGCCGAAAGUUCAGAUACCGCGACAUCGACGCCGUCUACGACAACUCCAAAUACGUCAGCGCCGGCAGCUACCGUUGAACUACAUCCAAGAAAAAGAAAAAUGAAGCCAAAUAAGGAGGCUCAACAGGCUGCUGCUACAGCUGCGGCAAAUGAAGCUGCCGAGGCUGCCAGUACGGGACCCGAAGUACACCCACAUGACCAGCCGAUUACAAAUUGUUAUCAAUUGUUUCUCAACAUAAGAAAACAGAUUGAGAGAAGAAGAAAAGGCCUGUUCCCUGUGCAGCCAAAACCACCGCAGGGUUUCAAAGAUUAUUUGAUGAACCGGUGCACCUAUGUUUUAGCUGGAAAUGCAAAUAAGGAGCCUAACGUUAAUCCACCGGUUAGUUUACAUUGCGCUAUGAAAGAUUUAUAUGGGGAACAGGAGAAGGAAAGGCAUCGUUUGAGAAUGCAGCACGUCGUUGAAAAAGAAAAGUUAGUUUUAUCCGUUGAACAAGAAAUCCUUAGGGUUCACGGCCGUGCAGCUAGAGCGUUGGCAAAUCAAUCGCUUCCUUUUUCCGUAUGCACAAUUCUCAAAGAUGAAGAAGUAUACAAUGUAAUAACUCCGGAACAAGAAGAAAAGGACAGAAACGCCAGGAGUCGAUACAACGGAAGAUUAUUUUUGAGCUGGCUUCAGGACGUAGAUGACAAGUGGGAAAAAAUCAAGGAGGCGAUGUUGCUCCGGCAUCACAAUGAAGCAGAAUCACUUCAUGCGGUACAACGAAUGGAUUGGGAAUGGAAAAUGAAAGAAGUUGGGUUAUGCGAUUUCAAGGCUAGGCCGCAUAUAGAGGACCUUCAUGUUCCGAUGGUUCAUGUUUCAGAUGACUUCGACCUCCUUCCAGCUUAAUAAAAUUUGACUAUGUGUAUAGAAAACAAUUUUCUAGUUUUAAAGACUUUCCCACGCUGUGAUUUUUUUCACCAACCCUCUCGGACGAAGUUAUUUUUAAUCUUUGUUAAUUUGCUAAUCGUCAAAAGUUGGUCAUAAAUUCGACAAAAGAUACAAGGUGAGCCAAUUUGAUGCAGUAAAACCUGUUGGACAGCACUGUAAUUUCUCCCUGUGUUCAAAGUAUAGACGAUUGUGGACUCGGGUAUUUGUUAUAAUUUGACAAGCAAAAUACGUUUAGUUUUCAUUCGAAAAAGCAGCUAAACACAAAUUAAAUCUAAAACGCAACAGCUUCUUUUAUACAUAUAUUAUCUAAUAUGUAAUAGUACGUAUACAUAUACAAAAUGUAUAUAAUUUGUAUAUAGAAUGAUGAAUGAUGAUAAUGAUGUCGAUCAGUUUCAGGUCAACCUUUGAUAAAUGAAACACACUAAAUCAAUAAAUAAUGCAUUGAGUUUA